AUGGCUCCUAUACCCGUCCAUACGGGCUCGCCCAUCAACACCAACAUCCCUUCUUAUCCAGGCGGCGCCUCACCCAGCACCGCAGCAGCACGAUAUACUCCUGGGGAUCCCCAGCCAACACCAACGACGGCAACCACGACAUCGGCUCAGAAUGCUUCUCCUUCAAGCUUGCCCGCCCGACCUGGCGCUCCCGCUGUCCCACAGCCGACAAACACGGCCUCGAGCACUUACAAUCACAGGCUCGAACCAACAACAACCGCGGCUCUGCCUACACAGAGCACGCACGUAAACGACAGUCCUCCACUGCCGCAACCCGGGGCGCUUCCUGUUCCAUCGCUGUCUAGCAAUCAAUCUCCCAAGCUCUCGAUUCCCCCUCCGCCGCAGCCUGGUCAGAUGCCGCAUUGGAGCCCUUCGAGUGCUUCACCUAUCCGCCACGCCGUCCCGUCCCAAACGCCCACCCACUCUCGCCCUGGCCCUCUCUCUGCUCAUCAACACUCGCCCGCUCUCUACACUCCUGCUCGCUCCAUUCCGCCGGCGGGCGUGACUUCGAACUACCCACAAGACCUGUCCCAUCCUCCUGGAUACAUGCAGGAUUCGAGGGCCUCGUUCGACGAUAAACCCAUUGAGUUCUGUCAGCCGCUUGAGAAGCGCGCAAGUCCCACAUCCUCAAAUAGAGGUGGAAUACUGGACGCCGAGCCUACUUUGGAAACAGGGUUCGACGAGGAGCCAAGCGUGCUGGGCAGUGCCUUGGCUUGGGCCAAGGCGGCAGGAAAGAGAUUGUCGAAGACUGAGGCGCAAAUAUGGAAACAAAUCAAUGGCGACAGUAACAACUAG